CCGCAGGGGCUGCCGGGAGUCCGCCGCUGCCCCGGCCGCGGUCCUCCAGCUUCCCGGCGUGCCCCGGGCGCGCCAAAUGGGCGGGGGAGACGCAAGAUGGCGGCAGCCGCGAACUCCGGCUCCAGCCUCCCGCUGUUCGACUGCCCGACCUGGGCAGGUAAGCCCCCACCUGGUUUACAUCUGGAUGUAGUCAAAGGAGACAAACUCAUUGAGAAACUGAUCAUUGAUGAGAAGAAGUAUUACUUAUUUGGGAGAAACCCUGAUUUGUGUGACUUUACCAUUGAUCACCAGUCUUGCUCUCGGGUCCACGCUGCCUUGGUCUACCACAAGCAUCUGAAGAGAGUUUUCCUAAUAGAUCUCAACAGUACACACGGCACUUUCUUGGGUCACAUUCGAUUGGAACCUCACAAACCUCAGCAAAUUCCCAUCGAUUCCACGGUCUCGUUUGGCGCCUCCACAAGGGCAUACACUCUACGAGAGAAGCCUCAGACAUUGCCAUCGGCUGUGAAAGGAGAUGAGAAGAUGGGUGGAGAGGAUGAUGAACUCAAGGGCUUACUGGGGCUCCCAGAGGAGGAAACCGAGCUUGAUAACCUGACAGAAUUCAACACUGCCCACAACAAGCGGAUUUCCACCCUCACUAUUGAGGAGGGAAAUCUGGAUAUUCAGAGACCAAAGAGGAAGAGGAAGAACUCCAGGGUGACUUUCAGUGAGGAUGAUGAGAUCAUCAAUCCAGAGGAUGUGGAUCCUUCAGUUGGUCGCUUCCGAAAUAUGGUACAGACAGCAGUGGUCCCAGUGAAGAAGAAGCGGGUGGAAGGCCCUGGCUCUCUGGGCCUGGAAGAAACAGGGGGUAGGCGCAUGCAGAACUUUGCAUUCAGCGGCGGACUCUACGGGGGCCUGCCCCCUACACACAGUGAAGCCGGCUCCCAGCCGCAUGGCAUACAUGGGACAGCGCUCAUCGGUGGUUUGCCCAUGCCAUACCCCAACCUUGCCCCUGAUGUGGACCUAACUCCAGUUGUGCCAUCAGCAGUGACCAUGAACCCUGCACCAAACCCUGCCGUCUACAACCCUGAAACUGUCAACGAACCCAAGAAGAAGAAAUAUGCAAAGGAGGCCUGGCCGGGCAAGAAGCCAACACCUUCCUUACUGAUUUGAUAUUUUUGU